CCGGGGCCCUCAGCGCAUGCGCCCCAGACUCAGCUUUGCAGACGCGCUUCUCUUGGCGGGACCGGCGGCCAGAGACCUGCCCGGCCCCUCGGACCCGCGCUCUUCGCCAUGGAGGACGUGAAGCUGGUGGUCGUGUUUGGAGCCACAGGUGCCCAGGGGGGCUCAGUGGCCCGGACCCUCCUGAAAGAUGGCACAUUCAGAGUCCGUGUGGUGACCCGGAACCCUGGGCAGAGGGCUGCCAAGGAGCUGAAGCUGCAGGGAGCGGAGGUUGUGCAGGGAGACCAGAAUGACGAGGCCAGCAUGGAGCAGGCUCUGAGCGGGGCUCAUGCCGCCUUCAUUGUCACCAACUACUGGGAGAACUGCAGCCAGGAGCAGGAGGUCCAGCAGGGUAAGCUGCUGGCUGACGUGUGCAGGCGCCUGGGCCUCCACUAUGUGGUCUACAGCGGCCUGGAGAACAUCAGGAAACUGACGGGUGGGAAGCUGGCAGCUGGCCACUUCGAUGGCAAGGGGGAGGUGGAAGAGUACUUCCGGGUCAUCGGUGUGCCCAUGACCAGCGUGCGGCUGCCCUGCUAUUUUGAGAACCUCCUCUCCUACUUCCUGCCCCAGAAGGCCCCAGAUGGGAAGAGCUACUUGCUCAGUCUGCCCAUGGGUGACGUGCCCAUGGACGGCAUGUCUGUGAGCGACCUGGGGCCUGUGGUGCUCAGCCUGCUGAAGACCCCGGAGGAGUACGUGGGCCGGGACCUGGGGCUCAGCACCUGCAGGCACACGGCUGAGGAAUACGCCGCCCUCCUUUCCAAGUACACGGGCAAGGCCGUGUUCGAUGCCAAGACAACCCCUGAGGACUACGAGAAGCUCGGCUUCCCCGGUGCCAAGGACCUUGCCAACAUGUUCCGCUUCUAUGCUCUGAAACCUGACCGCAACAUCGAGCUGACGCUGAGGCUCAACCCCGAGGCCAGGACGCUGGACCAGUGGCUGCAGCAGCACAAAAGGGACUUUGCCCAGCUGUGACCCAUCACUUCAAUCCAGUCUGGCUGCAUCAGGGUGUGUUACCAAAAAAAAGUUUCCUUCAAAUGAAAGGCCACUGUUCUCA